UCGUUAGACUCCUCCCAUCUCGUGAGACUCCUCCUCUUUCUCGAGGCUCUUCUACUCACGGGCUCUGAUUACUCAGCCUCCUUCACAGGCGUGAGACCCUUCCCGCCAGCGCGCACUUCGCGUGGCCGCUUCGGUGGCGAUCAUCAUUACCCAGGCAUGUCGACACUUGGUGGUGUGACGGCUCGGUGUGGGAGGUGUGCCAAGGCAGUCUACCAGGCGGAGGAGGUGAUCUGCGAUGGACAGCGCUACCAUCGCCUCUGCUUCCGUUGCUCCGUGUGCCGAAAGGGCUUGGACAGCACGACGCUGGCUACGCACGGGGAUGAAAUCUUCUGCCGUUCGUGCUACGGCAAGAAGCUGGGCCCCAAGGGCUACGGCUACGGACAGGGAGCGGGAGUCCUGAGCACCGAUCGCGGGGAGCGCCUGGGCAUCCGCCCCGAGGAGCCUGGUGCACCUCAACCUACAUUCAACACCAAUCCAUCCCCACUGGCACGCUCCUUUGGUGGAUCCGAUAAAUGUCCACGUUGCAGUCAGUCUGUUUACGCGGCGGAGAAGGUGAUGGGGGCUGGCAAGCCUUGGCAUCGCAGCUGCUUCCGUUGCAAGCAGUGUGGGAAGAGUCUGGAGUCUACAACACUGAAUGACAAUGAUGGCGAAAUCUACUGCAAAGCCUGCUACGCGAAGAACUUUGGCCCCAAGGGUGUGGGUUACGGCCUGGGUGCUGGAACCCUCAUGCAUUCCCAGUGAGGCUGGUCUCCAGAGUGAAGAUCGGCUCUUCGACACGCACGCAUUCCCCCAUAGCCUGGUGCAGGCCUUAGCUCCAUACUUCACCGCUCGAGGCAGCCACAUCUCCGCUCCCACAAGGGUUGCCGCAAAAUUCCGAUAUCCACGAUUUAUUGUUAAAAGGUCCACGAUAAUCGUAUGGCGUCUGUUCUACAAAAUAUUGUCAUAUCAUGGUUAUCAAUGUUUUUUAAUAUUUGAUUUCCUCACAAAACCUUUUUU